AUGGCGGACGACAAUAUGAAGCCUAGCUUCACACAUGACAGCGAGGCUGCCAUGCCGCCCCCCGAAAAGGGUGUCGUGCUAGACAUGAAGCAGACUGCUAAAGAUGGACACAUGGAGCGUGGCCUCAAGAGUAGACACAUCCAGCUGAUUGCUCUAGGCGGCACCAUCGGAACUGGCCUCUUCAUUGGGUCUGGUACCGUCCUUGGUACCACGGGCCCUGCUCCCCUCUUCAUGUCCUACCUCAUCAUGUCCAUAUUCAUCUGGUUUCUCACCAUGGACCUCGCCGAAAUGGCUGCCUACAUGCCCAUUCGCGGCAUGACCCUGCCCUACCUGAUCCAACGCUUCGUCGACCCGAGCUUGGCCUUUGCCACAGGAUGGAACUACUGGUUUGCCUACUCAAUGAUUCCACCGGCCGAAGCCACAGCAUCGGCUGUUAUUUUAUCAUACUGGGAUAAAUCUGUCAGUCCUGCUGUCUGGAUCACCAUGGUCCUCGUUGUCUGCGUCGUUCUCAACCUCAUUGCUGUCAAAUACUACGGUGAAACGGAAUUCUGGUUUGCUUCGAUCAAGAUCAUCGCCAUCUUGGGCUUCAUCAUCGUCGGCAUUGUCAUCUUCUUUGGCGGUGCUCCCAACCACGACCGUCUCGGCUUCCGCUACUGGCAAAACCCAGGUGCCUUCAAGCCCUACAUUGGCGAAGGCAACACUGGCAAGUUUCUUGCUGUGUGGUACGCCAUCAUCAAAGCCGGCUUUUCGUACAUUCUCUCCCCCGAAAUCAUUGCCAACACUGCUGGUGAAUGCGAGGCUCCCCGCCGCAACAUCCCCAAGGCUGCCAGACGCUACAUUUGGCGCAUCCUCAUCUUCUACGUCUUGGGCACGCUGGUUAUUGGUGUUCUGGUCCCUUACACCAGCAAGGAUCUUUUCGGUCAGGGCAACGCUGACUCCAGUCCUUUCGUCAUUGCCAUCAAGAACGCCGGUAUCCCUGCCCUUGACCACAUCCUCAACGCCGUCGCCCUCACUUCUGCUUGGUCCGCCGGUAACUCUCAGCUAUACUCGGCUUCGCGAAUGCUUUAUGGCAUGGCCUGUACUGGCAAGGCCCCGGCCAUCUUCCGCCGCUGCAACAGCUGGGGUGUUCCCUACUUUGCCGUUUUGGCCUCGUCUAUGCUGAGCUUGCUCGCCUACCUCAUCCUCUCCAGUGACGGCUACGAGGUCUUCAACUGGUUGACAUCUCUCAUCGUCAUCUCUGGCAUGAUCAACUGGAUUGUGGUUCUCUACACCUAUCUUCGCUUCCGUGCCGCCACUCAGAUGCGAGGCAUCGCCGGUAACCUUCCUUUCCGAAGCCCCUUCCAACCAUACGGCACAUACGCUACUAUUGCGUUCUUCGCUAUCCUCGCCAUCACCAAUGGCUUCACCGUCUUCUGCACAGGCCACUGGAAAACCGCUGACUUUGUCACUUCCUACAUCUCAUUCCCCAUCUUCGCGGCGCUCUACUUUGGACACCGAAUUUUCAAGGGAGGCAAGCACUGGAUCAAGCCUGUUGAAGAGCUCGACGUCUUUAGUGGUCUCGACGAGGUGGAUGAAGCCACUAUGAACGAUGUUGCACCCGUCCCCCGCAAUAUUCUCGAGAGGUUCUGGUUCUGGCUCUGCUAGUUUAUUGUUUUGCCAGAUUUGCAUUUCUGUUAUACCUGUAUCUUUUUGCAUGCCAUGAUUUAUUUAUGAAUAUACCACUUUGAAUCCUUUUCUUACCAUAUACAACUUCUCGCCAAUCCCCCUUAGUCUGUGCCAACGCUUCUGUAUCAAUAAAGUCGUCAUUAGAAAAUCAGUAUCGCUUUGUUCUAUUAUACAAGUGGGCUUUCCUUCACAUCAACCAUCAUUACACAAUAUCUUCCACC